AUGACUUCUGCACAAAAGUAUUUUACAAAUCUCUCAAAGCAAGGCAAUUUCUUGUUUAAAAGGCUUGCUUCGAUUAAAAAUUCCAUACCUUCUUACAAAGUUGUUGUAAUUGGUGGUGGAACUGGCGGUUUAGCUGUAUCAUCAACCCUAUCUGACGUACUUGGUAAAAGUGCUGUAGCCGUUAUUGAACCUUCCAAUGUUCAUUAUUAUCAACCCCUAUGGACAUUUGUUGGAGCUGGAUUAAAAAAAUUCGAAGAAUCCGCCAAGCCUAUUGAAGAAGUAUUUCCUAAAAAUGCUGAUUUGAUUAAAAAUAAAGCUGCAAAAGUUGACCCUGAAAAUAAUACUGUCAUAUUACAAGAUGGCCAACAGGUGAAAUAUGAAUAUUUAGUUGUAGCUACUGGUAUUCAAUUGAAUUGGAAUAAGGUUAAAGGUCUUCAAGAAAGUCUUACCAAGCCCAACAGUAACGUUACCAGUAUUUACUCGGCAGAUACUGUUAAGUCGACAUGGGAUAUAAUUAAGAAUUUCAAGGGUGGAAAUGCAAUUUUCACGAUGCCUAGUACCCCAAUUAAGUGCCCCGGCGCUGCCAUUAAAAUAUGCUACCUUGCUGAAGAUCAAUUUACAAAAAAUUUUGUACGAAAUAGAACUAAAGUUAUUUAUAACACUGCAAUGGGAAAAAUAUUUAGUGUAGAAAAAUAUGCCAAUGGUUUAAAUCGUAUCGCUAAAGAACGUGAUAUUCAAGUUAAUCUUCAAACUGAGCUAACUGAAAUACAUAGUGAUAAAAAUGAAGCAAUAUUCAAAGACCUAAAAAGCGGUGAAUCCAAAAUUUUCAACUAUGAUUUAUUACAUGUAGUUCCACCAAUGGGUCCUCCUUCAUUUAUCGCUGAAUCAAAAAUUGGUAAUGCUGCCGGAUGGGUAGAUGUUGAUCAAUAUACUUUACAACAUGUGAAAUAUCCAAACAUUUUUUCACUUGGUGAUUCUUCCUCUGCUCCAACUUCGAAAACUGCUGCUGCAAUUACUUCUCAGUCUGGUGUGUUAAAAAAGAAUUUAUUAGAUGUGAUUAAUGGAAACUUUAAUCCAACUGUUGCGGCAAAAUAUGAUGGAUAUGCUAGUUGCCCUCUACUUGUUGGAAGAGAUAAAUUGAUUUUAGCGGAGUUUAGUGGUUAUACUUUGAAACCAAUGGAAACUUUUCCUUUCGAUCAAGGAAUUGAACGAAAAUCAAUGUUUUAUCUCACAAAAGAAAUUAUCCCAGAAAUUUAUUGGACUAGACUUUUGAAAGGAACUUGGACUGGCCCUCAUAAA